AUGGGCGAUCCACUAUCCGUUGCCGCUAGCGUGGCUGGCUUACUAUCCCUCGGCUUACAGAGUACAGAGUACCUUUACAAGUAUUACGCCGCGUGCCGAGAUCAACAUCGAGAUCUCGCCAAAAUCGCAGACCAACUCGGCGGCCUUCUCGAAUCCCUCCAUAUCAUCGAUCAGAUUGUACGUACCCGCAAAUGGCGGCCCACCGAACUGUCAAUCAUACAAAGCAUUGAAAGAUCCAUCACUCGCAGUGAGAACGCGAUAAACGUGUUACAGGCCGAGGUUGACAAAUUCAAAAACGUGCCUGCUGACGAUUGGAGAAAGAAGGCGGUGGUGGUCGGGCGACGGGCGGCGUAUCCAUUUAAAAGAAGCACUUUAGAAGACCUCGGCGACGACGUGAACGAUUUCCGCGACAACUUGUCGAUCGCGCUACAGGCGCUUCAGCUGAAAGAGCAUCAAAACACACAGGGCGAUAUCGAGGAAGUCAACGCGAUCAUUAAGGACAUACAGGCACGAAGCGUCAGUGCUGAUCUACGGCAGUGGCUGAGGGUACCCGAUGCAACAGUCAACUUCAAUGUCGCAGUUGCUAAGCGACACCCCAGCACUGGGCAGUGGUUGGUCCAUGGUCCAGCUUAUACCGCAUGGCUGCAGCAGGGCAACUCAUUUCUCUGGCUGUAUGGGUUUGCCGGUUGUGGAAAGUCCGUGCUGUGCUCAACGGCGAUCCAGCACACCUUUCGCCGCCGACGAUCAUCUGCCGACAUUGCGGUCGCCUUUUUCUUCUUCGACUUCAGAGACGAGUCGAAACAAGAUGCAUCCGCGGCGCUCCGAGCAUUGCUUCUCCAGCUCUGUGGGCAGGUUCCCGGUCUGGAAACCGACUUGAACCGCCUGAAGGACUCACACAAUCAUGGCACUCCACCAGUACAUGUCCUACUUGAAUAUCUGCGACAAGCCGUUGCCCGGUGCCGGCACACCUACAUUUUGCUCGAUGCAUUGGACGAGAGCCCGAAAGACAUCCCGCGAGCCGAAGUCCUAUCGGUGAUCGACACUAUGCGACAAUGGCAGCUGCCAGGCUUGCACUUGUUGGUCACCAGUCGAGAUGUUCCUGAUAUUCGAACUAAUCUGCAGUUUCCGACAGUCAAGCAGGGUGUCGAGCAUAUCUCGUUAAGAAAUGACAGCAUUCAGCAAGAUAUAUCUCGGUUUGUGACGUUUCAAGUCGACCACGACCGGCAGCUUCAGCGCUUGAGUGAUUAUCGGGAGAAGAUCAAGAGCCAUCUGAUCCAGCAUACUGAUGGAGUAUUUCGUUUAGUCGAAUGCCAACUUCGUAGGCUACGACAGUGUCCCCAGAGUGGAAAGAUGGUCGAGAAAUAUCUUCGCACUCUGCCAGCAACACUUGAUGAGAUAUACGAACGAAUGCUGUGCAGCAUAGAAAACCCAGAAGAGGCGCAACAAAUCUUAUCGCUCCUAUGUUAUGCAUCGCGGCCCCUGUCAGUUGACGAGGUCAAUGAGGCUCUCGCCGUCGACAUUGAUGACCUCGAAUGCUAUGACCCCGAGAGGAGAUUUACUGGCGGUCCAGACGAUGUCCUUCUAAUCUGUCCUGGUCUUGUUGCUAUCAAUCUCCGGAAUGAUGGUGUUCAAGAAGUCCGGAUUGAACAUUUCUCGGUCCAAGAGUACCUGCUAUCAGAUCGCAUUCGAAGUGGCCGAGCGGCCGACUUCGCUCUAUUAGGGCCAUUGCAGCACGGGCGGAUCAGUAAAACUUGUUUACUCUAUCUGCAACAUGAUGAAUUCCUCUAUCAGACCUUAACCCCCGAUCUACUCAAACAGUAUGCCUUUGCGAGAUAUGCUGCAGAGUUCUGGCAUCACCAUUAUCGCCAAGCUGACGGCCAGUUCGCCCAACAAUUAACGGGAAUGAUCGACCUUGGGAUACCCAAGUGA